AAAAAUACGAUUUAGAAAUGUUUUCAUCAUGUUAGCCUUUUGAAUGGCCAAUAUAUCUUUUCCGGGAGAUCUAACUUUAGCGGCCUCGCAAUAAUUCCAAGUAUUAGAGCACAUCCUCCCGCCAGUUGAACAUUGGAGGAAGAAAAUGACAACACGAAACUAAACCGUGAACCUUGGAUUAUUCGCUUGUUCGCUUUGGCAUGAAUUCAAUGAGUUACAAUACCUGGAUAUUUGACUUGUGAGCUAAACAUCAUAUUGUUAUCAAUCAAUAGCCAGUAUUAUUUCUCUUGCAUUGGUUUCAACCAAUACCAAGCUAAAGAGACCAAAGAAGCGUUGGAGACUGCUUAUAACACGACGACUAGGGCUAAGGACACAGAAUGCUUGAUCUAUUUCCAGUUUUGAUCUUCGUACUCGCACCAAUCAUUCAGUGUUACAGCACCGACAAAAACUACCGUUCUUCAUAUCUAACUAUCUGGGAUGAUAAAGUUCUAUUAGGUCACGUUAUGACAGUUCGCUAUGCUGAUGAAAUCACUUCAUGUGCACACGACUGUUUGUUAAAACCAGGAUGUCAAUCUUUUAACUUUGGCAAAGACUCCAACCUUUGCGAGCUGAAUAAUUCGUCAUCACAAGUCAAAGACUUAGAGUCGAAAAAUAGCUUUCUACACGGCAGCUGGAUAACAGUGCCCAUCAUCAAGUUUGUUUUCACUGCGCUAGGCGCAGCAGGACCGACUGGACCAACGAGCCAAUCUGAGUACUUAGGCACGAUACUGGAGGGUCUAGUCAAACUCAACAAUGGAAUUCAAGAAUGGACAGUUCCUCACACAGGAAUUUAUAACAUCGAGGCUUUCGGCGCCUCAGGUGCAAAUGGGACAUGUAUUUCGUGUUCAGGAUGGAGACUUGGAGGACUAGGCGCAAAAAUCACCGGCUCCUUUGAACUCAAGCGAGGCCAGAAGUUAAAAAUAUUAGUGGGACAGAAAGGGCAAGUAAGUCGUAAAAACAACGAAGCCCCCGGGGGAGGUGGCGGGGGCACUUUUGUUACAUUCAUGGACAAUUCGCCACUGGUCGUAGCAGGUGGAGGGGGGGGAGCACCAGUUUCAAUCCCUGGGAAUCCAGACGGGGACCCUGGGCAAGCAGGUCAGAAUGGAACGCGGCAUGGAGGUAGGGCUGGCUUAGGGGGAAGACUUUCGGCUCCGGAGUUGAAGGCGGGAACUGGAGCAGGGAUCUGGGGAGAUGGUGAAGGUGAGGAUGGGAAGGCCCUGAGCUUCCAAAACGGAGGAAUCAGUGCUGACGUAGACUUCUCAAAGGGAGGAUUCGGCGGAGGGGGUUAUGGUAUGCUCCUUCCUGGAGGAGGAGGUGGAUAUUCCGGUGGAGGAGUUGAGGGAAACUUUCCAUCCUCUGGAACUGCGGGUGGUGGAGGCUCCAUAAACAACGGCACAUCUCAGA